AUGAUUGUCUUUUUUUUGAAAUUGUUUAAUUGUUAAGAUAAGGAUUUAAGCAGAAUUAUUUUUAGAUUAAUUAUUAAAGAUAUUAAAUAAUUUAAUAAGAAACAUCAAAAUGAAAUAUUAAAUAAAUAAAUUUAAGUAUUGAAAUCAUAGGUAAAUAGAAAAUAUAGCAAAAAGAGCAUUAUAAAUAAUGAUUGA